GAGACUGUAUCACUCGUGAUCUCUACUUGUUCCCUUGUGCGUUGACGCGUUGUUCCCGUUAUUACGUUGUUCCCAGUUUCCUCACUUUGAUACAGUUCAUUGAAGCAGACAAAAUGGAGCCCAAACCAACGUUCGAAGCCGAAGUGAUGUACAGCGAACGCAACCGAAAGCUACUGAUAGUCGAAGACCACAAAUUCGGUUUCCACAAGGCGUUAUCGUGUGGCGCGAAACGCUACAAGUGCGCGAAGCGAGGCUGUCGCGCCUAUUUGAAAAUCCGGGAACCCGCGACAGUAAUCGACAGUAAUCUCCUACACAACCAUGAGUGUAACCCGGCCUUCACACGACACAACCUCAGUUAUCAUAAACUCGACAAGCCCAAACCUCUUUACAACACACUCAACCGACUCAAAUCUGCGUUAACCGGGGAGAAAAUCAACCCUAAUCAGUUUGUGCUGGAGAUAACACGAUCCGAAUCACCCCCAGAACAACAACAACAACAACAGGAGGCUUCUGAUGUUGUUGUGAAUGAUCAUCACCCUCAACAACACCAGCCAACAAUCGAACCGAUAACGAUCACUCGGAACAAACUGGAUGGAACAUCCGAUCCGACCUACAAACCGCUCAAAUAUUUCAUCAAGGAUAAGUCAUCACUUAACAACCACCGUAAAAAACUGCUCAAAAAAAUAACCGACCCUGUAAACAUUUCAAAACGCUCCAAACGUUUCACUGAUCUCCAAACGAAACUGAAUAUCAUAGAUAAAAGCACCCAGGGUUUGAGGACUAGUGACAUAUCCAAAGAAUACAAUCUGCCCUGGACAACGGUGGAUAGCAUACUCAAAAAUCGGGAGAGGUAUUUGGACGCGGCGCAUAAUGUCUCCGGGGAGGUGAGGUUGUUAAAAGCGCGUCAAGAUAUAUUUGUGAUAAUGGAGGAGCAUCUGAUUAAUUGGAUUUGUAGUGAGGGGGGCAGUGGGAGAGCUACCAACUCCACCGAAAUCCGAAAAAUGGCGAAGAAGAUUUUCGACGAGUUAAAACUGAAAGACAGUGAGUGUAAAGCGGAUUUCAGUGCAAGUAAGGGCUGGUUUAAUCGGUUUUUGGGGCGCAGCGGUCUGAAAUCGAUGAUAAGAAACGAUAACAGCUACGUCUACACAGAUUACGACAUGGCGGAAGAUAGCAACAUGAAUUUUGUGCAUAGUUUCGAUGUGAUGGGUGAGAAUGAUAACAAUUUUGAAGAAGAUGAUGAAGGAGCCAUGAUGGAAUGUCUGCCCUUGGAAUGUGUGCUGAAAACUAACGGCAGUGAUAAGAACGAUAACAGUGUAGACAAUUCUGACCGUGUGGUGAUGGAAGGAGAGGGCGAAGCUACAUCGUUUGGGAGGGAGGAAGAAACAAAGCUAUCAAGGAAAGACUUGGAACAAAUUUUCAAACGAAUCGACGAGAUCGGCACAAUUAUCAGUAAAGACCCGUUGAAAAAUCGAGCCUUCAUGUGUUUCAACGCAAUCCAAUCAGCCUGUCUGCCGUACAGAAUGAAGUUGGAGGAGCUGGAGCAAAAUAGGAAAGCCAAAACAGACGUCGAUUGUUUUUUCAGACAGAAAUUCUUGACAAACUCAGUGAAGAAAGAACCGUUGUCAAGUAGAUCGGAUGCAAAUGUGUCCUACGUGAACAAACAGCUUUCGCCGGCCUUGAACGCGUCUGGCAACAACUCUCUUAUCAACAAAGUUCCAGUUUUGAAUCCUUAUCAACAUCUGGCCGGUUCGGAACUCACCAUAUCGCAAGUGCCUUCUAAAUCAACAAACAUUGUCAAUAAUGAUUGUGAGUCGCCUCUCGUCAUAUCCGAAGUGAAAUCUUUGAGAAAUGAGGAUAUUUCCUAGCAGUGUUAUUCGAUUAUAUACGACGUGAUAAUAAUAUAUACAACGUUGAAAAAUGAGGAUAUUUCAUAGGAGUGCCUUUGGAUUAUAUACGACGUGAUAAUAAAAUACGACGUUGAAAAAUUGCUGAUAAAUGAGGAUAUUUUCUAGCAGUGUUAUUGUAUUAUAUACAACGUGAUAAUAUAUUAUACGACGUUGAAGACUUGUUGAAAAAUGAGGAUAUUUCAAUAUUUCAUAGUAGUGUUUUAGGAUUAUAUACGACGUCGAAAAAUUGUUGAAAAUGAAGAUAUUUCCUAGCAGUGCUAUUGGAUUAUAUACGACGCUAUAAUAUAUUAUACAACGUUAUAAAAUUGUUGAAAAUUAGGAUAUUUCAGUAUUUCUUAGCAGUGUUUUUGGAUUAUUAUAGGACGUGAUAAUAUAUACGAAGUGACUUGUGUUCUCAAAGUUUCAAAGGCAAAGAUAUUACAAAUAUUAUAAUAUCUCACGGUAUUUGUCUUUGGGUGUUUUUCUAGUUGACGAUAUGCCAGAGAUCGGCUUAUCUAAUCGUAAGUUUUUCAUAAUAUAAUGAAAUUAAUUAUUUGAUUAAGGACUUAUUAGUCACUUGUUUUUCUAAAUAGAGUA